AUGGAUACUACUGAGCUAAUGAUUCAAGAUGUCAAUUCUCCAAAGUCAACGUAUCUUCCUCCUCAAGCUAAGAUUGUUCCUAUCGUGAAUGUUGUCUUCCAUCAAGAUAAUCUGGGAGAAUCCAACUUCAACUUUGAAACUGUUGUGCUUUCUAAACUUUACUUACUUGUGCAGAUAACUGAGUCAAUAAAUAAAAGGUUGACUAAAGUUGAAAGGGAUGUGGCUACAAUGAAGAGACUUAUGGCCUUGGAUGAUGAUGAUGAUGAUGAUGAUGAUAUGAUUUUUGAUGACACUCCACCAAGUUCUCCAGGAAAUAACCCUCCUUCACCUCCAUCUCUAUCAAUAAAUCUUCCUCCACCAUCUAAUUCUCCUCCUAAACCUCCUCCACCACCUCCAAACUUUCCUUCCUAA